AUUUCAAAUUGUUUGAUCAAUGGAUUAUACAUACAAUUAACAUCUUCUCGUGGAAUAUUAAAAAUUUAGUGAACAUCGUAUUAAAACAUUCAUUUUUAUUCACAUCACUUUGUACUAAAUUAAAAUGGCUACCAUACAAGAAGAAGUAAAAAAUUUUAUUCGACGAGCUGUUAUUACAGCAGACCCGCAAAAAGCUGUUACGGAAUACUUCCUCUCGAAGCAAAAAGAUCGUGAUGUUAAAAAGUAUCCUGAAUGGGAUAAGCCAAGAGUUUACCCGGCAUUAGAAGUAGUUAGAGCGCGUUGUGAGUUAGCAAAAACCGAAGAGAGAUUACAUGCAAAAUGGGUCGAACAAGAGAAAAAGCGGAAAUUCAUGGACGAGCAAUGGGACGAGAUGAGACGUCAGGAAUUGUUCCUCCGAGAAUCAUUUAUAAAAUUCAACAGAUUCGUGAGAGAAAAUCAAGAAAAACGUGAUCGCGCGGAUAGCAAAAUUAAAGAAGAACGUGAUCGUCAAGCAAGUAGGAUGGAAGAAAUAAAAGAACUCGAAGAAAAAUUAAGUUACAUGAAUGAUGUUCGAGAUAGAAUGAAGAAAUAUGUACAAGAAUAUAAAAAAUAUCAUGAUUAUUUAGACAGGGUCAUUGUCGAAACAGGCGAAUUUCAUUCAAUUUCUGAGAUUUUUAAUCGUUACGAAACUUUAAUCGAAGCACGAACGAUUUUGUCCGAGCAUCAGGAUAAAAAUCUCGAGAUAUUAGAAGAAAGGGGAACAGAGAUGCAUCAUAUGACGGAGUCAAAGUCACAAAAAAUUAUGGGGUUGAAUAGUAAAUUAGCGCAACUACAAGCAAGACGCGAUUGGGCAGAAGUACAAGCUCGUAAAUGGGAAACAAUCGUGGCUGAAAUAAAAGUAACUGCAGCGGAGAAAAAUUUGGAGCACAUGCAAGUAAAAACGUGUUGCUGGAAUCUAUAUCAACAGAUCUGCAAGAGAAAGGAUAUUCCCGUGACUGUAAGCAAGGAUGACGUCGAGCAACAGUUAGAUCAUAUUAAACGAACCAUUCUUGAAUUAAAACGAAUCAUAAGAGUUGCAAAAAAACGCGCAGCGAAAUAA